AUGGGUCCAGCUGGGGAGGUCCUCGAGUUUUACUGCCAUUGGGAUGACAAUGCUGUGGUGGAGACAGCUGAGGAGGCCACAGAGCCUACCAAGGAGGACAUCACAGGGCUGUGCCAGGACAUGUUCUCCAAAAUGGCUAUGUACCUAACAGGCAAGCUGAUAACCAUCAGUGAAGACUAUAAACUUCUGGAAAAUAUGAACAAGCUGACUAGCCUGAAGUAUCUAGAAAUGAAAGAUAUUGCAACCAACUACAGCUUUGGCGAACGCUUCUUUCUUCUGGGAUUCUCCGACUGGCCAUCGCUCCAGCCCCUACUCUUUGCCUUCAUUCUCUUCUGCUACCUCCUUACUCUGGUUGGCAACUCGACCCUCGUGUUCUUGGCGGUCCGUGACCCCCGCCUCCACGCGCCUAUGUACUACUUCCUCUGCCACCUCGCCCUGGUGGACGUCUGCUUUACAACCAGCGUUGUUCCGUUGCUGCUGGCCAACCUCUGGGGCUUGGCGAGGGCGCUGUCCCGCGCCGGGUGCAUGACCCAGCUCUAUCUCUUUCUGGCACUGGGUUCCACUGAAUGCGUCCUUCUGGCCGUGAUGGCGCUGGACCGCUCGGCCGCCGUGUGCCGUCCGCUCCAUUACACUGCCCUGGCCUCGCCCCACCUCUGCCGGGCGCUGGCGGCUGCCUGUUGGCUGGGUGGGUUCACCAAUUCGCUGGCGCAGACCAUAUUACUGGCCACGCGGCAGUUGUGCGGGCCCCGGCGCGUGGACCACUUCAUCUGCGAGCUGCCAGCCCUGUUGAAACUGGUCUGUGGGGGCAGGGGCGCCGUGGAGCGGCAGAUGUUUGCUGCUCGGGUAGUUAUACUGCUGGUGCCCUCUGCUGUCAUCCUGGUCUCCUAUGGGGCUGUCGGCCGGGCCGUGUGGAAGAUGAAAUCCCAGACAGGGAGGAAGAAAGCAAUGGGGACCUGCGGUUCCCACCUCACGGCUGUCUGUCUGUUCUAUGGUUCUGCCAUCUACACAUACCUGCAGCCCACACACACUUACUCCCAAGGGCAGGGCAAGUUCGUCUCCUUGUUCUACACUGUAGUCACUCCUGCCCUCAACCCUAUCAUCUACACCCUAAGGAACAAGAAGGUGAAGGGGGCAGUGAAAAGGCUUCUGGGCAGAGCAGAGUGGAGGGAGAGAUAAGGGUGGAGUUAGGAGGAGCUUCUCUAGUCCAUCACUCAGAGUUCUCAUGGAUUGCGGAGUGGUGAGCUCAAAGAAGUUGAAGAACUAAUGGCAUGAAUAGAUCUUGCCCAUUGAAUGCUCCCAGACUGAUGAAGGAGAUGCCUCCCCAUCAUCCAAGUCCACAUUUGAUAAGUGAAGCAGAGUUCUCAACUUAGAUGUUCUCCCAGUAGAUGGGGCUGCUGUUCUAAAGAAGCUUCCAGUUUGAUAAAAGACAUAUGGUCCCUGCCUUUGGGGAUUUGUAAGAGGAGACUAGACCAACACAUAAAAAGCAGACAUAACAUAUAGACUAGCGUAGUCCAUGCAAUCAAAAGACUUGCAUACAUAAAUGGGCAAGGAGGGGACACAAAAGGGAUUAGGAUGAGAAAUGUCCAGUGGGCAUAGUCAGGUUAGUCCUGGGAGAGGAAGGACUUUUUGAGAUUUUGAAAACACCAAAGGAUUUAAGUAGUGGAUAGAAAGCAGAGGGGCACCUAAGAGAAAAGCCAUGGCCCAUAUAUAAAAGGUGUGGAGGUUAAAUGAGGAAAGGACAAUCUUGGGAAGGAGAGAAAGGGGGUGGAUGGGAUCUAAUGAAACUUCAAAGCCCACUACAGGGUUUGGGGAUUAUUAAAGGAGGUAAGCUAAAUAGGAAUGACAACAGAUAAGUAGUCCCCCAUCUUUCCUAAACUCUUGUCACAGGCAGGAGAAUAAUCCCCCAAGUCUGUUUCCUGGAAGACUUCAUUUCCCUUAUGGCACCAACCACUCUUGUAGGAAAGAAAAGCAGAAGCACAUCUUUCCUUGUUGCCCCCAUUUCUCAGGACAUAUAGAGGUAUAUUCAUUUAAAGGAUGGGGAGAGGUAUAAAAUAUAUAAUUUUACAUCAGAUAAAGUCAAAAGCAGGACAAAAGAACAAUUUUCUUUCUUCCUCUUCCAUGUUAUUGUUAAGCUAUAGUUUAAUGGUGGCAGAAUAAUUAACUCUCUUCAUGAUGAAUUAUCUUCAUCAUGGUAUAGGAACAGAAAAAGGGUCUCUUAACUGUUAACUUGGAAAAACCAAGGUAAUUUCCCUGUUCCCAACAUCCAUUUUACCAUAGUGGAAGAAUUCUUCAACUGAGAGUC